AGUAGAGGCAGAGCCUGUAACUUUUAAUACGUAUCUUUGUUCCCUUUUCCCUUUCCCCAUUAUCCAUUCACCGCUUAAUGGCUCGUUCACUUUGCCAAACCGUAAUCAAGCUACGACCCUUCACCAAACCUUGCACAUCUUCCUCUCGUCUCGUUUCGUUGCGAACCCAAUCGAGCCAACCCAAUCAUUUCGAUCAGUCCGAUGCUUCUUCCGAGUCUUCCUCCGAUCCGCUCCUGCGAAAACUCGAAGACGCCAUCCAUCGGAUCAUUGUUCGCCGUUCGGCGCCCGAUUGGCUCCCUUUCCUACCCGGAUCCUCUUAUUGGGUCCCGCCUCCCACGUCGCAAUCAUACGGCCUUGCUCAGAUUGUUGAGAAAUUGGCUAAUCCUUUGACCCCGGAGGAGUCCUUGUCCACCACCACCGUACGAGGUUGGCCUUCUUCCGAGUAUUUCAUCAAAGGUUUAUUUAGUUACCGGCAUUGGGUAUCUUUGAAUAAGAGAUUUCGCCAUUGUUUUAGGCAUAUUACGGCGGCUGAAAAUUAGUGAUUGAUAACUUGCGAUUCAUAGAUAUGGGUGCUAAGAUAAGACCAGAGACCAGAGAAAGGAUCCUCCAAAUACAUUAAAAAAUUUAGGAAAAAGUUGAGUAUGCAUCUGAUACUUACACUUGAGUCUAAAUAGCAUAGCUUCUUAAUUGUCCAUUCAGCAUUGCUGUGUGCUUUUCUGCAUUUAUAUUACUAGAAAGUUUGAACCGUUAGUUAGCUUUUUCUAUGUCUGUUUAGUUGGUGUUCGUUUUUACAACAGUUAUGAUAUUCAUAGUAAUGGACAAAGGUUUUAGGAUUUAAGUUAUAUGGCUGUCGUGCAUGUAUCCCUCGUUAGAAAGGGAUGAAGAAGACAAAGGUUUCUUCCCUGAAUGAAUUGCUAAAUACUUAUGUGCCGAAUUUAACAUUACAAGAGGACCCCGAGUUUGAGUAACAUAGCUUCCGAACUUUCCAUUAUGCAUUGCUGUGUACUUCUUUAUUUUUUCUUAAAAAAUUGUGGGUGCUAUCAAUAGAAAACUUGAAGGGUCAUUGCUGUUCCAAUGUUCAUUAUAUGUAAGGAUGGACAAAUCUUGAAUGGUCAUUGUCUGAGAAUGAGAUUAUUCCGGGAACCUGUAUAAGAUCAAUAUUCUUUUUUUUAAAUGCUCAUCUGCAUAAUAUAAUUUUCUUUACAAUGUUACAGGUGGAUCCCCCCAUCCGGUGGAGGUAGAGAUGAAA